AUGGCAUACUAUGCCGCGCUGCAGCUCGCACCUGGUGUCACAGCCCAAGAGAUCCGACAGGCAUACCUUGAGCGAGCACGACUCCUACAUCCUGAUUUGGGCGGCGACGCCCAAGAAUUCCAACGUGUACAGGAGGCCUAUGAUGUGCUUGGCGACCCAGUGAAGCGAAAGGCCUACGAUGUGGCGCUUGACUCGCCGCGGCGAGCUCGUGGAGGUCACGAUGGUCGAGGUCCCAAGACUUCCCCAGCCGGAGCUGAAGCUUGGUCAGCUUGGUCAGGCACCAGCCAAGCGCGGCAGUGGGUGAAGCAAGGCCAGUCUCAAGUAAUGAGGUGGUACAACAUGCCCAUCCCGGAAUUCGCUUGGAACCUACAUCUGCUGUACAGCCGAGCUUUUAAUCGCCCGCAGAUGCCGCACGCUGCCUUCUUGGUGCUUCUGCGGCAGCGCUAUCGCUACUGGAUUAGCGUCAGUGCCACGGGAAUGCUUCGGAAGGUUUCGAUGUCUUUCCUGGACCUCUCGGCCGAUGCCCUACGUGCCCUACGCCUGCGUCUGGCAGAGCCCCAGCGACAGAAUUUUCGUUGGUCGAGGACCAAUUCCUGGAGUCCCUGUAGAUCCUGGAGCCUUGGCUGGUGCAGCAUCUUUCGAGCCAGGCGCGGAAACGAGCUCCGCGCAGAGCCAGAUCAGCUGCGGAAACGAGUGGUCCAGGGCCGAUCAGCCGCCAUGGUGGAGUUGAUUCGACAGUGCCGCAGGUUGCGUUGCUGCGGUUGCGGGUGGUCAGCAGGGUGGUCAGCAGGGUGGCCACCCUAA